ACUUGUAUUGUCUUGGCCAUUUCCACUCUCCCCAAUUCUCCCCCUGCCAUUUCAUCCAUCUCUCCACCAUGAUAGACGUUUCCAACCAAAACCAGUUUAGUUUUGCAAAUCCAAGAGUUGAAGAUUAUCAAAGUGCGACAAAGGAUGCCUUUGAGUCCGGCAGAGAAGACGAUCACAAGAUUGUCACAUUGAUUCGAAGAGCAUCGCUCGAUUACGGUUAUUAUAAACAAGGAAAGGGCGAGCACAAGGAUGAUUUCAGCACUUCCUCGAAUCUGUUGUGGAAGAACAAAGGCUUUUCAUCAGCCGGCAGCACUCCGAUGCAGUACUAUUCGACUUUGCGAGCUCAGGAGAUUGCCAGGUACAGGCAGGAGAUGAUGGAUUUGGUGAGAGGCAUGCCGGAGUCUGCUUAUGAACUAUCAUUUAGAGACAUGGUGGAGACUCCCCGGCUAGUGAAGAAGGUGGAGGAAGCUGCACAAAGGAGACAGGAAGGGACCAAUAAUAAGGCAGACAAGGCCACAAAUAAAAGCAAGGGAACAAGAAGGCUUCCGAGAAAUGAUACCAUGAAUGGGUUGUUCCUCAAAACGUUUGUGCCAGUUUUGGGAGGAGGGAAGAUGAAGAGGUCAAGGUCUAAUUCUUCGGCAAAAGUGUCGCCAAAGUCAGAGGAAAAUGAGUUUGGUGACCAGGAGAAAAGCAACAGCAAAAGCAGCUAUGAAACAAGUAGCAGAAGCACAAGUAGAAGCAGUAGAAGGAAAAUGAUGAGCGGCUGCUAUGCUUUCUUCUUCACAAAGAAGAGCAAAUCCAAGGAGACGUCAAAAGAAUUCGUUGAGUGAAUCCUGUGUUAGAUUCAGGAAGUUUACUACUACGGUUAUCUCAUCAAAGACGAGAAGAUAACACAAAAUGGCAAUUAUAUGCUAGUGGUGUAGAACUUUGCUUGCUCAUUUCUCUUCCUGUAGAGCUUGAGAAGUUGGAAAUACAGGUGUGAUGAGAUACGUGAUGAUGUAAUCACAGGGGCUAUUGAGGAUUUCAGAAUUGCUUGCUGAAAAAAUACAUUAUGUCUUCCAGUUUUAUUGUGUUUGUUGUUCGAAAUAAAACACAGUUCAAUAAAUUUAAUAGAUGCAUCGGCAGGUUAUGCAUCAUGUGAAUUAUUUA